CUCGAAGAACAAGAAGUAGAAGUAGAUGUGCAUGAUAGACUUCGUCAUUGGACUAAGACAAGAACAAGAUGCGUCUACCGCACCAUGGUAAAUAAGGACGCUGCCGAGCAGAGGGUGCUCAUCUCUCCCUCAUUUACAAAAAUGACGGCUGCCUACCCACGUUUUGCGCGUGUCAUCGCGCUCUCAUGCGUGACCACGACCUCGCUCUGCGCAGCUGUCCCAGACGCUCCUGGCGACCCAACCGCUCCAGCCGACGCUACCGGUGUGGUUAAGCGACUACUGAAGAAGGGCAAGGUUGUUCCAACAAGCGACCGCGGAGACCACAGGGGCAAGGCGAGCAGAACGCCUGCUCAUGCUGCUCACGUGCGAGACGAGGAGUUAGAAAAGCACUUGCGCAACAACGUUCGAGCCACGAGCGAUCCUUUGUCGAUGCCCUACAAUAAUCUCGUCCAUGAUCCGAAAACAGGCAAAGUCAGGUUUGCUUACUCGAAGUCAAAACAGGCUGGCGGUGGCGAGAACGAGGAGAGCGGAAAGAGCAAAUCCACCACGUCGAACAAACCGAAUAACGCUUCUUUUCUCCAGAAGAACAAAGACAAGCAGUCGCCUCCAUCUCUCCUUGAUGCAGGGUCUACGGGGCAGGAUUCGCAGCAAAGCGGCUUAUUUCCGAUCAAGCUCAACUUCGAUGUGGAGCAAUUGCCGAUUGUUGUAUCCAUGGUCUACGACGCUGACGACCGCGCGCUGCGUCUGGACAGCGGCGGCGCAGCUGGCGUUGAGGGUGGCCCGAUUGCCGCCGCGAGCUUCACGGAUAGCAUAGAAUACCUUGGCUGGGCUCAUUUGAAUUUAAGAAGUCUGAUUGCCGUUACUUAGUAAGUAAACUAAAAUUCAACUGCGUAUACGUAGAAAUGUACUAGUCUGAUUCUGAUGGACCUGGUACUAUUAUUCAUGACCACCUACAAGCUAUUUGUACUCUAAUCGCCGUCACUUUGGGAGACGACUCGCUCUCGGUGGACGACGACGUCAAGAUGUAUUCCGCUGGCUACGCUGAGGGUAUCUUGACAAGCGUACGCAUUUCGGAAUUUUUCGCGAAUCACCACAAACUUCUGAUACAGAACGAGAAGAGUAAUCACGCGCUGAUGAACAUCAAAAACGUCGUAGCUGCUGAGGUAGCCGGGGUCAAGGAGAACAGCGUCUUCGAGGAGCACGUAAUGCCAGAAGAACCGAACGACCCGUACUGGCGUCAAAUUCGUUUCAUGCUGUUCCAGUUGUGGGGCAUGCUUGACGGCUACAACUACAUGGCGAAUCACUACGUCAUUCACAAACUCACGAUGCUAGACUUGCUCAUCCUCAAUUCGUUCGCGGAACUCCCACAAAUGAUGAAUGCGUUCUCGCCGCGAGCAGUCGCGGAUCGCACCGAAGCUAUCACUGCAUCACAGCUCGUUUUUCUGCAAGAAGAAGGACUGAAAAGAUCUUUCGCAGCUCAUACGCAGUCCUCAAACAUGGAGGGAAAUGAAGCUACGGGAGACCCGCUGGAUGACUGGCACUGGGAAAGACGGUUAGCGGAAGAUGGUACUAAUAAAUAUUCUCACUCUGCAAAGUCAGUGUCAAUUCAUAAUUUGUAUGCCCCUGUGGCUGUGCGUGAGCGUGUGCGUGUGACAUACUCAUACUAAAGAUUGAAGAUGUUAUCCUGGUAGCAGCUAUGAUCUUGAUCAUAGCAUUCAAAAGACGACAAACAGCACACUGUACUGCAUACGUUCGGCUGACGGAUACCGAUUUGAUGCUUGGGCACGCAACCUGGGGUGACUACGCGUCCAUGCUUCGCAUCUACAAGUUUUACGACUUCAGCUUGUCCAGUGGCAACACAAUAGCGAAAGUGAUUUCCAUGUCCUCGUAUCCGGGAUUGAUUUCAAGCGGCGACGAUUACUACUUGACAGACAGUGGCCUAGUUAUCGCAGACACCAGCAUUGAAAUUUUGAACACCGGAUUGCUGGACAAGGUUGUGCCGGUAAGCAGUAGUAGAACGCUUUUUAAUAUAACACGGACGCUUUUUGAUAUUGCUUAGUGGAACAACUUCUUGAACUAUUUCUACUGCUACUAGGUACAGGUUUUUGAAGUUGAAUUCAAGGACGAAUCCUCGGUUCAUGUUCUCGAGGUUCUUUACAAUCAAUAGCAUACUCAUGACCAUCCUGCUUCUGGUUUAUCCAGACGACUACACAAAGACAAACGCACACUAAUGCUCAGGACCCGCUCGUCCCUGGGUUUUUGCAUUUGAUGGCGGUAACACGGCUGUCGCGCAGUGGUGCAGAGUGGACCUCGCGCUUCCAAACAAUGAACAGCGGUACUCGAGCUGCUCAAUGGCUAGUACUAGACUACAACAACUACAUGCCGGGAAAAGCGCUGCAGGCAGGGACCUUCUGGGUUCUCGAGAUGGUUCCAGGUGCAGCGGAGGCACGCGAUUUGUCGGCUCAGCUGAACGACAAUAAAUUUUUCGGCUCUGUGAAUCGGCCUACGUUUGCGGCCAUUCGUGAAGCGACAGGCUUUACAGCUGCAGAAGAAAGUCACGGAGCGUUGUAUUCCGUGAACGACAACCCGCGUAUGAAAAUCUUGUCAGCAGCAGAACCAACGAUUAUGAGCGAGGUUCCCGUUUGUAGUUGUAGAAAUAGGCUUGAUGAUGCAGACAUCCUUUCGUGCUAGCCACUAAUUUUUCGGUACAGUCAACAGGAACUACAUAGGACGACCACGACGGACCUGUGUCUGUGUGACCAAUUAUUCAGGGAGUAGUCUCUAACAUCAGCCUCCUGGACAUGCGGGGAUUGAUGACAUCGAACGGAUGGGGUACCUGGCCUGGCCCCACUUCACCUGGGCAUGCGAUCGCCGCGCGUAUGGAUCUUGCGAGGCAAGCACCGAUUCCGAAUGGCGCGAUUGAUGCAAAAAUCGUGAAUUUUUGUCUGUCACGCCUUCUCUCCGUACAGGCUAAGUCCGGACCGACUGAUAACGCCCAACCUCCCUUUAGAUGGGAGAAGAAGGAUGGGAGCGAGCGCUUUCCUGGCACGUUUCACUACGGAUUGCCGAACGUGUGGACUUUCCCGUGGGUACAGGUAAGCGGAACUGGUGUUGACCAGCGACUGACGGAUAUCGAAACCUGCUCAGCGCAUGCUAUCGUGUAGAGAUAACUACUCCUGCAUAAAAAAAGUCUGCGCUGGAUAUUUGAUUAUUUUUUCCUGAAAAAGAAAAUCAAUGAAAAUGUUUUUGAUGUGCUCUUCGAUGGACGAUUAUGAGUUUCUGCCCGCGCGGGAGGGCGUUUUCAUGAUGAAUUCGUAGCUGGUACCAGUAGUACACUUGAUAUCGAACCAACGCGAAAUAUAGGAGUUAUCCGGUGAUACGAAGUAGCUCAUGCUUCUCUCGUACUAUGGUGCACAGGUCCUUAACCUUAUGUAUGAUUUUCCUGAUAAGUUUUCAACGGUUCUAACGCCAUCCUAAGGCUAAGUAAGGUAAUUAUAUUUUCUUUGAUUUAUGAAGCGCUUUCAGACCUCGUCUCUACGGUCAUCAGGAAAGUUGGCCACAGGGACAUAUGCACGCAUUAUGAAGCGCUGCACCGCUGCAGAAGUAGUCUUUUCCGUCGACGUGAACAGAGACAGAUCAUAUUUGUGAUUAUCGACGACAGAAGUGAGUCAAAGACUCUCCCGCUUAUUGAGAUUGAUAUGUGAUUUCGAAUUUGUUAGCGCUUCCACGACAAUGUUGACUUUGACUAAAACUAUGGCAUAGCUAGAGUUUUUGUAGCGACCACAUAGUCUGGUAUGCGCAUGGACCAGAUGGUUUUUCUUUUCCAGCACUAAACCCUCUGCACUUCUUACAACGCUGACGCAGCAAAGAUGUACAGGCAUGAAAAUAAGUUAGGUGGAUCUGUUCCGCUCUUUCGUUCUCCUUAGAUGAAGCAGGAGAGAGACAACAGGAAUAUCCAUGCCGAACGUGC